AACAACACUAGUUUUGUCUAAGCAAAGAUGUUCUUUCCAAUCUCAGCUAACAACUAUAAUAUCAACCCUUUUUCUCACCUUCCUCCUCCUCCUCCUCCACCUCCUCCUCCUCCUCCUUCUUAUUCUUCAUCUUACCAUCUUCCCCAAGUUCUUUUAAGCCACGAACCUAAUGACAAUGUCCUCCUUAAUCACCACCAUCAUGAUCUGGUGUCGGCUUCUUCAUUGUUGCCCGCCGCUGCAAACCCUCAGCAGCUUAACCUCAACGAGACUUUGCUCAACAUGGCGCUUUUGAACGAGGACCAUGGAGUACUUGAUUUUAGUGGUGGGCUUCGUCCGGGGUUUGUUUUUUCCGUCAAGAAGGCUCUGAAGAAAGAUCGGCACAGCAAGAUUUGCACUGCGAAAGGGGUGAGGGAUAGGAGGGUGAGGCUGUCCAUAGAAAUCGCCCGCGAUUUCUUUGAUCUUCAAGAUAUGUUAGGGUUUGAUAAAGCUAGCAAAACGGUGGAGUGGCUGCUUAGGAAAUCGAGGAACGCCAUUAAAGAGCUGACGAAGAUGAAGCAAUACGGGAAUGUUGGUUGCGCCGGUGGUCAAAAGAGGUUGUCUCUUGUCUCCGAUGAUGACGAUCAGCACGAAAUGAUGGCUAAGAAUCGAGUGUUUGAUUUCGAUGGAGGAGAAAGCAACUCACUUGAGCUAGAGGGUGUUGUUUCAAAAGAGAAAAAGUUACAGAAAUUAGCGGCAACCCCUCUUAAAGAGUCAAGGGCAAGGGCAAGGGCAAAGGCAAGGGCAAGAGCAAGGGAAAGAACUAGAGAAAAGAUGAACAGUGCUCAUGAGUGGAAAAUAUGUUCAGAUUCAAGCACUCACCCAUUGAGUUCUUUGACCCAACUGGAAACAUCCAAGAUACCUGCAGAUCAUUUAGUUUAUGGCCACAACAACAUGGUAUCGUCUUCCUUUAAAGUCGUUGCUCAUCAAGUUGAACAACCUAGUGCAGCAUCAAGAGAAAAUGUCAUCGAAAAAUCUAUAGUAAUCAGAAGGAUGUUGAAGCCAUCUACAAUUUUGGGUUAUCAGCAAAGCCUUGCAACUUCAAAGGAUGCAAACUGCUGCAACAGCUUUGACAGUAAUGGCUUCCCCAAUUUGUCCCAGAAUUGGGAUACUAAUGGUACAAACGGCUCACUCUACCCUUUGUGCUAUAAUUAA